UUGGUUCAGAAAAACUAUCAAAAGCGCGUAAUUAAUAAUUAUUAACUGCUUGUCGUGUUAAGGUUCAGAGCUGCCUAUUGUUUGUGUCUUAAUUUUGACGAAUAUAAUUCCACACCACAUAUUUGCGUAUGGCGGAGUCUAAUAUGGACAUCGAACAUCAAGCAAUCGAUAUACCGGGGAUUCCUGGUGCAAAGAGAAGUGCUUUCUCUGAAAAAUUGUUAGAAACUUAUGAUGGGAUAACAACUGCUUAUGAAGCCUACUUAAAAGGAGCUGAAAUUUCUGGUGACAGGCCCUGCUUGGGGAAACAAUUUAAUGGCGCCUACGCAUGGGUGACUUAUAAUCAGGUUUUAGAGAGAGCCGCCGAUUUGGGGUCAGGAAUAUUGGAACUCGGUUACCAGCCUUCCGCAGAGACGUUCGUUGGCAUUUAUGCCGCAAACGGAGUUGAGUGGAUACUGGCAGAUGUGGCAUGUCUUACCUACUCAAUGGUGUCUGUACCCCUCUACGACACACUGGGUUCAGAUGCCUGCACCUUCAUCAUAAAUCAUUCCAAUAUUUCACUGAUCGUGUGCGAUGAAAACAAAGUAGAAGUUUUGUUAGCGAAAGCUGAAGAGUGUCCGAAGUUGAAACACAUCAUUACAAUUGGAGAUGUUAAGGAAGAAGUCGAACAGAAGGCUGGGAAACGUGGAAUUAUGGUGAAAUCGUUUAAAAAUGUGACGGAUUUUGGAAAGAAUAACCGGAAAGAAAAAUCUCCUGGUAAACCUGAUGAUCUUGUUACAGUUUGCUACACAAGCGGGACGACAGGCCAGCCGAAGGGAGCUAUGAUAACAAACAGGAAUAUAGCGACUGGGAUUGCUGCGACGCGCAUACAUUUUGAACGGAAUGGCCGUCCACUAGUUCCAAACGAUGUUCAAAUCUCCUACUUACCUCUACCUCACAUUUACGAACGGACGUUACAGUUGGUAUUACGUAGUUCUGGCUCAAGGAGUGGGUUUUCCCGAAAUGUUGUCGAACUGCUAUUCGAAGAUAUACGGUUGUUAAGACCUACGGUUUUCCCAUCCGUUCCUCGUUUGUUAAAUCGCCUUUACGAUAUGAUAGUUGCAUCCGUAGAGGGAAGUGGUGGAAUAAAGAAACGUUUAUUCAACAGGGCAUUUGCCUCAAAAUUGGCUGACCUUGAAAAAGGUCAAAUUUACAACAAUAGCUUUUGGGAUAAAGUGGUGUUUAGAAAAAUCCAGGCAGUCCUGGGUGGAAGGAUUUCUAUUAUAGGUACUGGAGCAGCACCGAUCGAAGCAAAAGUUUUAACUUUUUUUAAAGUUGUUUUCGGGUGUUGGGUUGUCGAGGGUUAUGGUCAAACUGAAGGUGUUGGAUGUGCAGCCAUGACCAAUUUGCGGGAUAAAUCCGCAGGUCAUGUCGGACCUCCCACAGCAACCUGUUAUAUCAAGCUCGUUGAUGUCCCAGAAAUGGAGUAUUAUACUUCCAAGAAUCAAGGCGAAGUGUGCAUUUACGGUACGAAUGUGUUCAAAGGAUACCUAAAAGAACCUAAGAAAACAGCUGAAGUCAUAGAUAAAGAUGGAUGGCUUCAUAGUGGUGACGUUGGAGAGUGGAAGCCGAACGGUACUUUGAAAAUUAUUGGACGAAAAAAGUGUAUCUUCAAGUUAUCACAGGGUGAAUAUGUUGCUCCGGACAAAAUUGAGAACGUUUACAUCAAAAGCCCUUUCGUAGCUCAGGUGUUUGUUUACGGUCACAGUCUGAAGUCCUUCAUUGUUGGUAUUGUUGUGCCUGAUGAAGCUGUCCUUUUGAAAUGGGCCUCAGAAAAUGGUUUUUCUAAAACAUUCCAGGAAUUAUGUGAAAACAAGGAUGUGAAAGACAUGAUUUUUAAAGAUAUCGUUGCCCGAGGAAAAGAAGCGAAGUUGGCAUCAUUUGAACAGGUCAAAAAUAUCCUCUUGCAUUCGGAGUUAUUUAGCAUUGAGAACGGCUUACUUACACCAACAUUUAAAUCGAAACGUUUCACGUUGCAGAAGAGAUUCGCCGAAGAAAUUGAAAAAUUGUACAAAAAUCAAGAACAAACAAUUCGCCCCAAACUUUAAUUACAAACUUAACAAUAUUUUUAUAACCAGUAAAAACUGACUAGCUAUAUUAGGAGAAAAAAAGUCCGAACAUUUUACAUGCAUGUAUCUUUUUUCUCAAAAUGCAUGCAUACAAAUAGUCAUUUAACAAGUACAAUUAAUUGUAUAAUAUUCCAGUUUAAUCUAAAUUGUUACAGUGUCCGACCUGCUUUCUCUCAGAUAAUGUUUCUAAAAAUAUUAAUCACAACAGACAAUAGCGGUUUUGUCAAACUCGCACGUGUACUGAGUUCACAAGUUAUAUAAAUCGAGUUUUUUUAUCUAGUUCAUUUUUAUAAA